AUGUGUCAAAACCCACGCGUGGUAAUUGGCGCCGUAGCGAAAAAGCGUGGUAGCCCUAUUGCCAAUGGUGGACGAUACUCCGGGAUUAGUUCGCGUAAAGAGAUCCUAGCAGCCGGACCAACAUCCAUGUGGAUUUCCGCACGGCGGUUUUUCGAUUUUGGCGUAUCCUGGGAGUGGGGAAGUCAGGAUGAGUUGAGGUGGUAUUCGGGCCGGUAG